AAACACCUUCACGCAGACACAGAUACUAUGUUUCAAGAAACGACUUCACCAUCCAACUUCCCUUUCUCGCUGAAAAGUAAAGGGCCUUGGGAUUAUCAGCGAACAUGUCGUAUGGACACUGAACACCGGCAAAGUGUCCUCCAUGUUGUCGGCACCUCUUUGAAAGCGAACCUGAACAGGACUGCACCACCAAACUCCAGGUUCUUCUCUGUGAAGUGCACUCCCAGUGUUCAGUACAUCAUCAACCCCCCACCCCAGGAGGAAUCCCACCUCUCCCCUGUCCCCCUUAAUGGAAACUCUGCACUGAGCUUCAGCAUGAAGCAUGCCAGCGAGUCUGAGAAUGAUAACAAGCUGUCUGUUUGCUACUACGGAAAGGACAAAGAGCUCUUGGGGAGAGCAGUCAUGUACCUUACAGCUAUUGAGAUCUCUCUGGAUGUGGAUGCUGACAGAGAUGGCAUCGUGGAGAAAAACAACCCUAAUAAGAAAUCCUGGAAGUGGGGUCCUAAUGGUCAUGGAGCGAUUCUUUUGGUUAACUGUGACUCCGAGUCAACCUACAACAAGAUGCCAGACACCACGAAGAAUCGCAUCUCCAAAGUAUCAGAUCUGAAGGACAUGUCUCUCAUGGUGCUGCGGACCAAGGGGCCUGCCAAACUCCCAGAGGGCUACAAACUGACCAUGCACAUUUCUCAGGGAGAUGCAGAGAAUGUCCGAGUCUUCAGACCCAAAUCCCCUGAAGUGGCGACUAAUUUCCUGGAUAAAGUUUUUAGUAAUUUUGUGCAGGACUAUCCACUGGUACUGAGCCAAGAGAACUUGUCAAAGGAAGUGCCAUACCUGGGAGGUUUAGCAGAUAUGAACUUUUAUGUGGAGGGUCUCAGAUUCCCUGACAUGAACUUUGAUGGACUUGUUACCAUCAAUCUCAGUCUACUAGAGCCCAUCAGCGAAGGUCUUCCUGAAACGCCCAUUUUCACAGACAAAGUGGUGUUCAGAGUGGCUCCGUGGAUCAUGACACCCAACACUCUCGAUCCUGUGGAAGUGUUUGUCUGCAGUAUGCGUGAUAACGUCCAGUUCCUGAAAGGAAUGAAAAGCCUCAUUUCAAAGAACAACUUAAAGCUGAAGGUUUGCUACGAGUACCAGAACAGAGGAGACCGCUGGAUGCAGGAUGAACUGGAAUUUGGUUACAUCGAUUCGCCCCAUCACCAGUUCCCUGUUGUUCUAGAUUCGCCAAGAGAUGGAAAGCUUAAGGACUUUCCAUAUGAGAAUCUACUGGGUCCUGACUUUGGCUAUGUGACCAGGCUGGCUUACAAUGAAAAUGUGAGUAGUCUGGACUCAUUUGGAAACCUGGAGGUCAGCCCCCCUGUCACAGUGAAUGGAAAAGAAUACCCCCUGGGCAGAAUCAUUAUUGGGGUUGCUUUCCCAACGGCUAUUAAAGGACGAAACAUGACCAAAGUUGUUCAAGACUUCUUGAGGGCUCAGAAGGUCCAGGAGCCCAUUGCCUUAUUUUCUGACUGGCUCUAUGUCGGCCAUGUUGAUGAAUUCAUGACUUUUGUUCCUUCACCUGACAGAAAGGGGUUUCGGCUGCUGCUGGCCAGCCCUGACGCCGGCUAUAAACUGUUCAGAGGCUUAUACAAUGAUGGGCAUGGACAAGCCAAACUGUUUGAGGGUCUGAAAGGUCAGAAGCCAGUGACAGUGGAGGAAAUACUUGGUGAUAAACAUCUCCAAGCUGAAAAUAACUACGUACAGAGCUGCAUUGACUGGAACAGGGAUGUCCUGAAAAGAGAACUGGGCCUGGAUGAUGAUGACAUCAUUGACCUGCCAAUCCUUUUCAAGAUGGUGGUGGCAAAGGACGAAUUCAGAGCAGUGGCUUACUACCCUGACAUGGUCAACAUGAUUGUCUUGGGGAAAAACCUUGGCAUCCCGAAGCCGUUUGGCCCCCAAGUGAACGGAUGCUGUGCCCUGGAGGCUGAGAUGUGUUCCCUGAUGGAGGGCCUGGGUCUUAAAUGCAUGUUCAUUGAUGACUUCGCCUCCUACCACCAACUCCUGGGGGAGGUGCACUGUGGCUCCAACGUACGCCGAAAACCAUUUGACUUCAAGUGGUGGAACCUGAAGCUGUGAAUCAAACCUGACAAAGGUCAAAGGUGGAAUCCUGACGAUUUCAUGUCUGGUUCUUUUGGCGACCCUCAUGUCCGUGAUGUCAACAGCAAAUGUUUAUUUUCUCAAUCACCACUUUGUACAAUCAUUUUGACCAAAUAAACAA